GCUCCCUUCUGACGACGAGGAGAUGGACCUGACGAGCUCCAGAAAACGAGCUCGCGAAACGGAGAGCGACGACGACGAGGCCACCGCGCGUCGCAAGCAGCCGCCGUAUGCUCCCCCCAGCGCGGAGCAGCACGUUGAAGCCAGCGGCCACGUUGAGCAGGCAGGCCAGGGCGGCGCCAUCUUGCCACCCUCCCGAGAAGCAGCCGCCACCCUCUCCUCUCCGGCCGCCCAAGCAGGAGCCCCUCCGGAAACAGCGUCUGCUAGCGCUUCGGCUGCACGCGUUCACGCUACCGACGCGAUGGAGCUGGCGGACGCACCUCCCCCCGGCUCGUCCAAGCGGGGCCCCGAGCACCCCGCGGCGCGGUUCCUGAAGGACCCGCCACGCCAGCCUGCCCCGCUGCCGAAGCGAAAGGGGAAGAAGCACCGGAGGCACAACAAAGCUCCUGCCGUUGCCUCGUCUUCGUCUCCCGUCGCUUCGGGCGGCUCGCGGCGCCCGCCCGCCAGCCCUGUCGCCCCCAGCGUACCUGCAGCGGCUGUACUCAGGCAGACACCACCCGCCAGCGAGCCAACCUCAGAUGGCUUCACCCUCGUGCAGUCGAGGUGGGACAGGCGGCGUGCGAAGGCCCUGGAGACUGCAGCACUCCCGGUGGACCCUGCGGUCAUCGGUACGGUCCUCUUCCGGCCCUCGGCGCCCGGCGGAGCAUUCAGGGGAGCACCGCGCCUCGCACUCGCGGCGGCCCUCUCAUCGCGGGCCGGUGUUGCUGCGGUGCGCGUCAACCACAGGCGCAACAUCGUGGCCGCCGACACCACCACCCGGGAAUGCCAGGAGGAGCUGCUGGCCAUAACCGCGCUGCAUGGCAUCUCGGUGACUGCCCGACUGCCGGCCGUGCGUGGCCAGAGCACCGGCUACCUGCACGGGGUGAACGGAUUACCUGCGGACGCUGACCUGCUAGGAGCCAUGGAGUCGAGCGUUCCAGUACUGUCGGCGACGCGGGACGGGAGCACCGUCACUGUCCGGUUCGCGGGACCGGUCCCCCCUGAACACCUGAGCCUCUUCAAGCUCGGCUUCAGGGUGAGGCCGGCCAGGCCGCGUCCGGUGCAGUGUCGCCAGUGCGGCCGCUUCGGGCACGUGCUGGAAUCCUGCAGUUGGCCGUCCGACUGCAUCUCCUGCGGCAAAAGCCAUGCGGAGGGCGAACCCUGCCGGACGGUUCGCUGCAGGAACUGCGGGGGCCCCCACAGGGCCGACACCCCCGCCUGCCCCAAAUGGCAAGAAGAACGCCAGGUGGCAACCAUCAUGGCUUCUUCCACCGCGGCACUGUCGAGGCGUGCUGUCAGGGCGGCAGUCAGGGAGGAGCAGCAGCAGCAGUCCUCAACCUUGGCGCGGUCAUAUGCGAGCGCGCUGAAAGGCCCCAGCCCCGCACCCAAGCGUCCGGUACCAGCCCCUCGAACCUCCCGCCGUCAGGAGACACGGGACAAUGCUGCCCUCCCCGGCCAGGCUACUGUGGAUCAGCUGGUAGCAAACCUGCUGGUUACCAUGCAAGCAGUCGGCGCUAUGCUGCCAGCUGACCACCCGCUACGACCCAUCUGCCUGCAGGCAGUGGCCUUACAACAGCCACCGAACCAUCAUGGCCAGUCCCACUGCUGA